AUGGUAAUUAUAAAUGAGAGUGAUGAUAUAUAUUCAUUAAUUCGUCAAAAUAAUACGUAUGCUGUUCGCCUAUGGCUUGAUAAUACGGCAAAUGACAUUCAUCAGAGUGAUGAACACGGAUUUACUCUUCUUCAUUGGGCAGCAUGGUAUGGUCGGUUAUCCAUAGUUCAAUUAUUACUGCAAAGAGGUGCUCGUACCAAUGCAGUUAAUCGAGGCGAUGAUACACCCUUACAUCUAGCAGUUAGUCAUGAUCAUUUUGACAUUGUUCAACAAUUAAUUAAAAAUAAAGCACAUAUAAAUUUAACAAAUAUUCAUGGAAAUACUCCACUGCACUAUGCAUGUUUUCAUCGAUAUUUAUCUAUCGCUAAAUAUCUUAUUGAAAUUGGACAUGCUGCACUAUUUGUUUCAAACCGUUAUGGACAAACACCAUUAGAUUUAUGUUCAUCUGCAGAAAUUUGUAUUCAACUGUCUGAUUUAGCAAAAGAACAAGGACAAGAUGAACAAAUUAUACCAUUCGAAGAACAUGAUCGAUGUCCAGUAAUGCCAAUGUUUGAUAUUAUGGGAACUUCGUCAACAAAAUCGAUCAUUGAUAUUCGAGAAUUACAAUUUGAACAUUGUUUAUAUUCGAAUCAUCGACAUGAGAUGUGGCAAGCAGUCUAUAAUAAUACAUCCAUUAUGGCAAAAAUAUUUAAAUUACAUCAUAACUCCUAUGCAUCAGCAACAUUUCAACAUGAAAUCGAUAAAAUAAAAGUUUUCAAUUCAUCACAUUUACUUGUACCAUUUGGAGUAUGUCAUGAUAGUCCUAAUGUUAUUGUUCUGACACAAUAUUCACAUGGAAAUCAAACUUUAUUUCAAAUGUUACAUAAAACAAACAAUACCAUUGAUUCAGCAGUAUCUCUUAAAAUAGCUUUGGGCAUAGGGCGUGGUAUGGCGUUUUUACAUGGCAUAACAAAUUCAUUUCGACCGCAAUUCAUUCUCAAUAGUCAUCACGUUCUGAUCAAUGAAGAAAAUAUUGCUCGACUUAAUCUAGCCGAUUGUCAUUUUUCAUUUGAAUCAAAUCUUGAAUUUAGUCAACCUGCUUGGGUAGCACCUGAAGUAUUAGAAAAUGGAACAUUAACAAAUGCGUCGGAUAUUUGGUCAUUUGCAAUUCUUCUCUGGGAAUUAUUUAGUCGUCGUAUACCAUUUAGUGAUCUAACACCAAUGCAAUGCGGCUUAAAAAUUGUUCAUGAACAUGUUCGAUUACCACCAACUGGCAUUUCAUCUCAUAUUGAUAAACUUAUUCAGAUAUGUACACACGAUGAUCCAACUAAACGUCCAUCGUUUGAUGCAAUUUUACCAAUCAUAGAAAAAAUUCAUUUUUAA